AUGACGUUCAGGUGGAUCCAGGUGAUACAAUUGAUGGUGGUGUCUUCAGUUUGUGCCUUUGAGACAAGUGAAGAAUACUUACGCAAAGCGAUGCAUGAACUUCAAGGAAUACAGUCUCCGCUCUAUACUAAUUACCCUUUUUUUGCGGGGAAAAGGUACUCCAGGACUGCUAAUAUCUUGCAAGUGCAACAGGAUACAAGGCCGGGAUACCCGCCGAAGAAAAGUGAGCCUGAAGUUAGUCAAUAUUAUUCUCAGGCGCUGCAAUCUGGUAACGCGAUAAAUUUGCCGGGGUUGAAAAACUCGUUGGAGUCUGGACAAAUACCUACUGUCGUUGGUAAUCAUCUUCAUAUUCCUGACAGUAGUCAGCAGCAACAGCAAUUUGCGUAUUAUUUUUAUCCGCUAAAAUCAUUCAUGGACACUCUUCAAAUUCAAGAAUCCCAAAAACAAAUCAUAAUAAACCCUUUGUUUAUGGCAAUAAGCAGCUUCGUCGGGAUGGCUUUAGUGUUUAUGUUUGGAGUGAUUGUUUUACCUAGAAUACUUGGAGAGUUCAGGUCUCGGGUAGUCCAUGAUGAGCUCCUGGAUCUCACAACAACUGUCAACGCAGCUAUUGAUAAGUACGAGCUCACAACAACGAGGCCGAAGACACCAUUCGGAGUAGCUAUGGUGGGAAUCAAAACUAGACCGGUGCAACGCGUCAAGCGAAAAAAAAUUCAGCGUAAUAGGACUGUAAUAUAA